CAACAUUGGUCAGAGGUCAGCGUAUUUACUCGGAUCUUGGGACCUGUUUAGUUUCACAAAUUGCGCUUUCCACCCUUUGAGACAGUCCCUGUUGCUGCCUGUAAUCCGAAGGAUGGACAUCGUAGCACUUUACGACAGCUGUCGAGUUGGGGAUUUGCAAAAAGUGAAGUUCCUAGUGGAAGAACGAGAGGUUGAGCUGAACACCCGAGACAAAUGGGACAGCACACCACUGUAUUAUGCGUGUCUGUGUGGCCACAAGGAGGUAGUGCAGUAUUUGUUAGAGCAUGGUGCCAAGUGUGAAGCUAACACAUUUGAUGGAGAGCGUUGUCUUUAUGACGCCCUGACUGAUGAGAUCAGGUCCAUCCUCAAGAAGUUCAGAGUCAUCUCCUCCAGAACUAUACGGCGAGAUAUGUACGAGGAAUGUCUACGAAAGAUUCGAGAGGGGGCUGCCUACCAUGAUGUGGUGUUUGUGGUGGACGGUGUGAAGUUUCCUGUACAUCGAUGUAUACUCAGUGUUCGAUGUAGCUACUUUGCCGAGUUGUUCAAAACACGAUGGCGAGAUCGUCAAGAAGUGGAGCUGAAGCAUAGCCUGGUGUCCCCUGCUGCAUUUGGAGCUGUCCUGGACUACAUCUAUUAUGGUCGACUACAGGCCCAUGUCGACAUGAUACACGAGUGUGUGAUGGUAGCCAAACAGUGUCACCUAAACUGCCUCAUUGAACAGAUUGAAGACAGGAUGGAGAAAGAUGCAUCAUUUUUGUCCAUGAAGCCCGGCCUGAAGGUGACGUCGCUGGUGAUCGAGCCGUCCCUGGACUCCAUGGAACUCCAGAUGGACCUCGGCAUUCUGGGGGACAGGGCUCUACCGGUGCAACUCAACAAACUGGUUGUAGGAGAGCUGCCGUUUGACCCUGACCUUUCCCAGAUCUACCCUGACGUCUGCUUCUCAGUGGAGGGUCUGAUGUUUAUGUGUCACAAGGUGUUUCUGAGUGGACGCAGCGACUACUUCAAGGCCCUGAUAGAGGAUCACUUUGGGGAGACAACUCUCCAUGGGAACACUGACAUACCAGUAGUGACAUUGCACGACAUCACGCCGGAAGUGUUCGACCGAGUGGUGCAGUACGUGUACCAGGAUGUCUGUGAGCUGUCAGCGGAGAACGUGUACGAAAUCCUGUGUGUAGCUGAUCUCUACAUGUUACCCGGGCUGAAGAGACUCUGUGCCAACUGCAUGAGCGAUUACAUCGACAUCAACAACAUAAUCACAAUUCUCAGGACCUCCAGGCUCUUCAGUUUACGGAAGCUAGAAAAUGAGUGUGCAGAGUUUAUAGCAGAAAAUUUAGAAGAGGUGAUUGCCCAGGACGACUUCAUCAAACUAGUGAAGGAGGAUGCAGCCAACCUCCAGGAGCGCCACGAGACGGACACCAUCGACAUCAUCGAUGAGGUGCGCUUCUACAUCACCAACUUCAUACGGACGUACAGCGAGAUGCAGGAGGCUAAUGAGAGGCUGAAGCUGAUUGACGAUCUGCUGGAGGAGCUGUAUCUGGAAGGAUGAACAGACACAUACAUUCAUCCAUCGCUACAGACGGACACAUACAUUCAUCCAUCACUACAGACAGACACAUACAUUCAUCCAUCACUA